CUGCCAGGUACUUCCUUCUACACACCACACCCAUUUUAUCAGUGACUCUUAAUUGAAUACUGAAGCAAACGGCAGCAUGUUAAAAGGAGAAAGCAACACCCUCCUGAAAUGUUGGUUACACGCUGCUUUUCAAAGAUCACCAGUGUUGGGAUUAUGUGUCUUCACCUGUUUCGUGGCUUGGUGUGUGAGAGCAGAUACAGAACAAGAAUGCCCUAAAUUUACUGAUCUUAACAUAGGCAAUGCCGUGAUUGGUACAGAUGUAAAAGUGCAACUGCUUUUGCACACAAGGAGAAACCAAAACUGUGCAGAGAUUCUCAGUGAAAACAAUCUAACGGCUUCUACACAUCUAAAUCUGACCAAGCAAACUAUUAUUAUUAUUCAUGGUUACAGACUUACAGGUUCCCCACCAGUAUGGAUUGAUGAAAUUAAAGAGCUUCUGCUUAAAAAGGAAGACAGCAAUGUUAUAACGGUAGAUUGGAAUCGGGGUGCCACGACUGUGUAUUAUCCUAGUGCUGUUAAAAAUGCCAAGACAGUAGUAGGAAUUUUGAACAAUCUUAUUGACCAAAUGCUGGCAAAUGGAGCGUCUCUUGACUCUGUAUAUAUGAUUGGAGUAAGCCUUGGGGCUCAUAUAGCUGGAUUUGUUGGGAAGGCAUACAAUGGCAAAAUUCGCAGAAUUACAGGUCUUGACCCAGCAGGGCCAUCAUUUACAGGAAAGCUGCCCAGUGAAAGAUUGGAUCACACUGAUGCUCAAUUUGUUGAUGUUAUUCAUACUGAUAUUGAUGCUUUGGGCUACAGGGAGCCUUUGGGAAACAUCGAUUUCUACCCAAAUGGAGGAACAGAUCAACCUGGAUGCCCAAAAACAAUAUUCAGUGGCACUCAGUAUUUAAAAUGUGAUCAUCAGAGAUCUGUUUUCUUGUACAUGGCAUCCUUGAAACAGAAUUGUAAUGUAACUGGAUACCCUUGUGACUCGUACGUAAAUUAUAGGAAUGGAAAAUGCGUGCACUGUGAAGCUUUUAAGCCACUCCCAUGUCCAGUUUUGGGUUAUUAUGCUGAUAAGUGGAAGGACCGUUUAAUUGAAAAGAACCCUCCUGUGACAAGAGCUUACUUUGAUACUUCAGACAAAGACCCAUUCUGCAUGUAUCAUUACUCUGUGGAUAUUAUUACCUGGAACAGAAAUAGUAGGAGAGGUUUCAUAAACAUCAAAAUAACAGAUAAUGCUGGAAAUACAACAGAAUCCAAAAUCAAUAGCGGUGCAGCUGCAUUUCACCAAUAUAGACAAGCCCAUUUGCUUGCUGGAUUUGACGUGGAUUUCGACAAUGUAUCCAAAAUAGCCUUGACAUUUUCUACAAGGAAUGCAAUAGGCCCCAAGUACAAGCUUAGGGUCCUCCAAAUGAGAUUAAAAUCUCUUUCAGAUCCCCAAAGGAUUCAGCUAUGUAGGUAUGAUUUUGUUCUGCUGGAAAAUAUUGAAAUGACCUUCAGACCUAUUCCAUGCCAUUGAUAUUGAAGUGUGAAACAAUAGCAUCUUUCAAACCCGCCUGCGUGCAUAAAGCACACACAGCACCGAGAAGUGGCAUAGAGCUAAACUUGCUCCCUUCAAGAAGGUUGAACUUUCAAAGAUUAUGGCUCAGAUUAAGGAUCAGCGAACUGCUACAAGAAAAUCAAAUAAUUUUGAUGCAUAAAGAUGUGUAUGCUACCAGCAAUCAAUUUCUAAUUAACAAGAGGAAAAUCGAUACUGUGAAUCAUAUUCUGUGUAGACUUAG